GUGCGUACUGCCACCUAGUGGACUCUUCUAUACUGCUUGCGCUGUUGCACGCGGACUGUCCGCCCGGUCUCGAAAUUUGGCCUGCACGUGGCCAGGGUGUGCGGCCGGCCGCGAGCCCUCCGCAUGACGAAAAUUACGUCAUGCAGACGGUGCACGAACGCGGACGGCCGAAGUAUACCCGUGGCUUUACCGUUCCAUACCGAGUGGUCCCAUGCAGUGGAAAACGCCAAAAAGUGAGCCAUACCGAACCAUACCAUGCAGUGAAAAAGCGCCAUAGGACUGCAAUGCAGAGGUCUUCACGGGUCCAAAAAUUCAUACCCGAACCUGAAGAGACCCGUACUGUGCUACCGACCGACCUGGCCCGACUUUUAUUUUGAAAGUUGGACCCGAACCCGUGCACAACCGAGAGAUGCCAUAGAUGUACUACCCGGAACCAAUGCGGACCCGAACCCGACCGGGAAGACACAGGUGCAGAAGCCUCCAAAGCAGCAUCUGCAAAUGCAGCAGCAGGAGAAGGCAUGGCAAGUCUACAAUCACCACUGCUAGCAAAUAUAUGGAAACAAUCACCAUUAAAAUUAACAGUAAUAAUGGCACUGACAGUUGCAGCAGCUGAAAUAAUAAUAGAUAUGGCAGGACCAGCAGUUUUUAACAGAGUUGUAGGACCAGUAGCAGGAGCAGCAACAGGAGCAGGACUAUGCAUUUUAAGAUCACUAAGGGAAGCAGGGGUGAGAGAAGAAGCAUCAAUAGUGGGAGCAGCAGCAGCAGCUGGAGGCGUAGCAGGAACAGUAGCAGCAGAUAUAUUGCAAGUAUUAUCAGGAUCACAAUCACAAAGAGGAUCAACAAUAAUUGGAACAAUGGCAGGAGCGGAAAUAAUAGCAGUAUCAGGACUACAUAUGCAACUGUUAAUAGAUACAGUAAAGCGGGUAAUUGCUCUAGUAGAAAGAGAAAUAUCAGCAAUACAAUGGGGUACAAAAGUAACAAAACUAGCAUCGCUCACAGCAACAAUAAUAGCAGCUGUGUUGAAAAUGUCACAGUCAGCAGCAUUAGCUAUAGCAGCAGGAGCGGCAGCAGCAUCAGAUGUAGUGGCAGGAGCAUCAGCAGAAGGAUCAACAGCAUCAGGUGUAGCAGCAACAGUAAUUAGAGUAUCAAAAUCAGCAAUAGCAGCUGUGUUGAAGAUGUCACAGUCAGCAGCAUUAGCUAUAGCAGCAGGAGCGGCAGCAGCAUCAGAUGUAGUGGCAGGAGCAGAAGCAUCAGGUGUAGCAGCAGAAGGAUCAACAGCAUCAGGUGUAGCAGCAACAGUAAUCGGAGCAUCAAAAUCAGCAGAAGCAGCUGUGUUUAAAGUGUUACAGUCAGCAGCAUUGGGUGCAGCAGCAGCAAGAGCAGCAGCAGAAUCAGAUGUAGCGGCAGGAGCAGAAGCAUCAGGUGUAGCAGCAGAAGGAUCAACAGCAUCAGGUGUAGCAGCAACAGUAAUCGGAUUAUCAAAAUCAGGAAUAGCAGCUGUAUUGAAAAUGUCACAGAGAGCAGCAUCAAGUAUAGCAGCAGCAACAGGAUCAGGUGUAGCCGCAGCAGCAGGAACAGUGGAAGGACAUGUGGCAGGAUCGGGAAUUAAUGGAUCACAACAAGAAGGACAAUCAGAUACACAAGCACCAGUGAUGGUAAAAGCUCCUGAAGAACAGAUACACAGCAGUGAAUUAAAGAAGACAGAAUUCCUGGAGGAGAAGAAUAAAGAGUGGCAGCACAAACACACUAAAGCUGAAACUGAAGCCAAAGACCUCAGAUUCACAGGAUCAGCUGCCCCAGUACCACCUCCACCUCCUGCCCCCUCAAGCAACCCACUCAGCUCGUUACAGUCUAUACUUCCUAAGAAAAAAAGCACUGAAAUCGCAUUAGUGGAGAAAGACUCCUCUAAGAAAACCCCAGAGAAGGAAAUCAGACAGCAAACAAUGGAUGAAAUCAUGCAGCAAAUCAAAAAUGGAGUUCAACUCCGUCAUGUUUCCCAGACAACCAAUAGAGCUAAACCUGGACCGGUUUCCCUGCAGAAAGAACAGACAACAUUAAAUGAUGUCAUAGAGGAACUUCAGGGAAUCCUGACUUCCGUCAAGUGCCCUGGCCCCUCCUCCCCUGGGACACACUCAGCAUUACUAAAGGCCGUGCUAAAGAAAGCCCUGCAACAACGGAGGGAAGCAUUUCAUCCAAACUAACUAAACACAUGUGACUACAAACUUGAAAUGCCUUGAGUUAAAUAGUAUUUUUUAAAAUGUAAUACUUGCAGAAGUUCAGCCGUAAUGAACCGUAAUGAAGGAGUAGCGAGCUGGCAGUGGUGAUGUCAAGAGUGCGUAAGUGUUUUGCUUAAUAUCUGCUCUGGGUCAGUUGCUUCAUUUAUUAUUUGCUGCUAGGAAGGAUUAAUUUCGAAUGUGCACUUUUCCUAUUUUUUACCUUGACUAUAAUUGUAUUUUAAUUGCACUUGUUUAGAAUAACAGCCGCAUUUACAGAGUUUAUUGGUGUUAUUGCUCGCACUUAAAGGGUUAGUUCACCCAAAAAUGAAAAUUCUGUCAUUAAUUACUUACCCUCAUGUCGUUCGA